GGGCAUUUGAUUAGAAGUUUUAUUUCGUAUGAGUUUAACUUAAAACAGAAAUGGGUCCAGUUUUUGUAAGUUGCUUUAUAUUUGUUUGGAUUCCAUAGAAACUUGAGGCACUUCCAUUAAAGGGGUGUUAUGUCCAAGGACACAUUUCCAUUCUCCUCUACCUCACUGCGCUCUCUCAGACUGGAGCAGGAGCUCCAGGACUGGGAGGAUGAACGGCGAGCUUUGGCUCAUAGGAGAGCCAUGAUCCGGCCUCCGCUGCCUCGGGCCCCCCGACUGCCUCCCCGGCAGCAGCGGAUCCAAGAGGUCAGAGCCCCUUCACUCCAGAUCCGCUGCAGAGACACCAGCAUCCACAACACCUUCAUGUGCGGAGACAUAAAGGGAGUCUACGCUGUGCUGAAAGACCCUGCAAUGGUCAACGCCCUGAUGGAGACGGUGCAUGAGGAGAUGGUGUGGGCUCCGGAAAUGGGCAUGUGGACGCUGAGCUCCAAGGUGAAACAAACAUCGGCCUUGCGCCUGGCUGCCAGCCGGGGUCACGCGGCGUGUGUGGAGGAGCUGCUGUUUCGUGGUGCUGAGGUGAACGCCAACCCUGGAGGCAACACGGCACUCCACGACGCCUGCAUAGGCGGCCACCCUGUCUGCGUCCAGCUGCUGCUGACCCAUGGAGCAGAUCCUGAAGUGCUGGCAGCAGAUGGCAGUGCUCCUCUUCACCUCUGUACCUCUGCCCAGUCAUUCCACUGUGCUAAGCUGCUUUUAGAAGGAGGCGCAGACAUCAACGCGCGGAGCCUGGAGUCGAGGCUCUCCGCUCUGCAUGUGGCUGCUCAGCGAGGCCUGGAGGAGCACGUCCAGCUCUUCCUCAGCCACGGCGCCGAUGUUUUAGCCACCAAUCGAGAGGGGGAGACCCCCCUGAAUGCCGCUUGCUCCGGAGCCGAGAGGCCGUCCGAAGCUGGGCGGUACCUCCGUGUGAUCCAGCAGCUGCUGCAUGCAGGAGCUAAUCCCCAAACUGCAGGCAGGAAGCAGCACACCCCGCUGCACAACGCCUGCGCAAACUGCUGCUGCAGGAUUGUGGACGUCCUCCUGCAGCAUGGAGCGAAGGCUGAUGUUGAGAACUGUGCGGGAUACACACCAAUGGACUGCCUGCUGCAGGUUGUGGAAGAUUACCCGACUCAGCAAUCUGAAGCUGUAGCGCGAUCCCUUCUGAACUACGGAGCAAAACCUGUUUCACCAAAGAUGCUGAAACAGCUGGCCUUGUAUCCUGAUGUUCUGGGCGUGAUGCUGAACUCGUACACAUCCAUCCCGCCCUGUGAUUGGUCAGACUCCCUGCCUCCUGACACGCUUUCCCAGGAGCACCUGUUGUUUCUCCGCUCGCUGCGUCAGAGGAGCGCUCGGCCUCGAUCCCUGCAGCAUCUCUGCCGUUGUGCUGUGCGUCGCCAUUUAGGAGCCCGCUGUCACUCAGCUGUAUGUGAGCUGGACGUUCCUGGGUCUGUGAGAGAAUAUCUGCUGCUCUGUGACAACAAGGCACUCCAAUAAAUAUUGAUGUUGUCAUAUCAUCUUAAAACUUAUUACUAUUGAUUCUAAAUCCAAAUUGUCACAUGAAGGCUGCUCACUCUGGCCCAUGUGUGUCAAACUCAAGGUUGGUGGGGCCACAUCACAAAAAGUAUCAUGAAAUCCUGGAGGAACUGAAAAGAUGUUCAAUAAUAUCUAAUUUUAAGAAUUAAUUUAUAUUUUAAC